UUGUAAAGUAACUCUAUAUAUUAACAACGAGAACACUCAUCAGUUAUUCAAGUGAAUUUUAGAAAGCCGAUUUUUAUAGAAAGGUGGUGGCGAUGGAGUUCAGGUCCUGCAUGGACGACGAGAGUUCUGUGGAAGCUGCUGCUGCCAGCAACGGCCGCAACGCUCCCCCUGGCUUUCCUCAACGUCGAAAUCAGAUGUCGCCGAGAGAGAAAUGUUACACAGCAAAACAGAAAACAUCUCCAACUGCUGCUCCUACUAAAAAACGUGAAAGACGAACAAAAAGUGAGAAGCGUCGGGCGUCUGAUGAAAACUAUGCUCGGAUGAAAAUGAAUUUGAUAGCUUUUGGAGAAAAAAUUGAAGAACUCAAGACAAAGUUUCAGAAAAAUUCCGAAGUAUUGAAGUUUGUAUAUGCCUCACCAUUUGCUGAGCUCGUAAAGGCAAUAUGAAACUGGUGAAAUACAAAUAAAGAAAUCAGAUUGGGAUGUGAUACUCUAUCUGUAAUUUUUCCAUAAUUCUAUAUGAAGACGGUGAGGUUGUAUUUAAUAGUGUGCAAGAUUAAUGCAAGAGGAAACGAGAAUUUGCGCGGGAGAGUUUCCGAUAGUCUGCAUGAUUGUAAGAUUGUAAGUUGAACAAGAGUGAAUUGAAAGAGAGUUGAUUUGGGAGGUUGAGAGUUUGGGAAGUUCUUCAA